CACCCCAAGGGGACUAUCUCCCAGUGGCAGGCCCUUCGAUAAAAUCAGGAACUUGCGCUGGCCCUGCAAUGUCAAGGGAGGGGGCUCACCCAGGGCUCCUGUAGCUCAUGGGGCAGGCCUGAGCCCUGCGCCCGCCCUGAGUUCGUCCCAGCCCCUGACGGGGCGCCCCAUCCUGAGGGGCUCCGCACUGGCCCCCACCGAAGCAGGGGACCUGACCGGCUAGGAGAUCGGCUGGAUGUUACAGGCGUGCAAAAUGGAAGGGUUUCCCCUCGUCCCCCCUGUGAGUACUGGGACUCCUCUACUGGCUCGACCCUCGGCCCUCAGACGCCAGUCUGCCUGCCCUCCAACCCACCAGCCAGCUGCCCUCCCGCAGCCAUCGGAAGACCUGGUUCCCUAUGACACGGACCUGUACCAACGCCAGACACACGAAUACUACCCCUAUCUCAGCAGUGAUGGAGAAAGCCACAGUGACCAUUACUGGGACUUUCACCCGCACCACGUGCACAGCGAGUUCGAGAGCUUCACCGAGAACCACUUCACGGAGCUGCAGAGCGUGCAGCCCCCCCAGCUGCAGCAGCUCUAUCGCCACAUGGAGCUGGAGCAGAUGCACGUGCUCGACACCCCCAUGGCGACGGCCCACGCGGGCAUCGGCCACCAGCGCCAACGGCGGCCGGAGCCCCAACGGCUGCCUCCUGACCCUCUGACUGACCUCGUGACCCCACACCCUUAUCUCCUCCGGCUCCGCGAUGGACAGAGCCCCGAUAAUUCCCACCCUCCAGUCUCCUACCUACCCCGGAUGUGCCUCCCAUACCCCUCCUUGUCCCCGGCACAGCCUAGCUCGGAUGAGGAGGAGGGCGAGAGGCAGAGCCCCCCGCUGGAGGUGUCUGACGGGGAGGCUGAUGGCCUGGAGCCAGGGCCCGGCCUCCUGCAUGGGGAAACAGGCAGCAAAAAGAAGAUCCGCCUGUACCAGUUCCUGCUCGACCUGCUCCGCAGCGGGGACAUGAAGGACAGCAUCUGGUGGGUGGACAAGGACAAGGGCACCUUCCAGUUCUCGUCCAAGCACAAGGAGGCGCUGGCACACCGCUGGGGCAUCCAGAAGGGAAACCGCAAGAAAAUGACCUACCAGAAGAUGGCCCGCGCCCUGCGCAACUAUGGCAAGACGGGUGAGGUCAAGAAGGUCAAGAAAAAGCUCACCUACCAGUUCAGCGGGGAGGUGCUGGGCCGCGGGAGCCUGGCCGAGCGGCGCCACCCGCCCCACUGAGCCCUGGCCCACAGAACCCUCUGGGCCCGCCAGGCCUCCCCGCUGGCCAUAGCAUUAACCCCUCGCCCGGCCCGGACACAGGGAGGCAAGCUCCCAGGGGCCAGGGGCAGGACUGUGGCGGGCCGGGCCUUGACUCACCCGUCCACUCCCUCCUCCAAGCCCGCUACCCACGGCCUCUCCUCACCUCCCACCAGGACUCCAGCCCCGGCUCCAGGGGGCCACCUGGGCGUCUGACCGCAGCCAAGGGUCAGCCUUGCUUAGUACAACCUGGGGUGCUUCCUUGGGAGUUCAAAGUCAUCAGAUUUGUAUAAAUUGAACCCUCCUUCUUAAGCGUUUCUCCCUUCCCACACCUCUCCCUCGUUAGCUUCCUCAAGGAACAGUUAUUAAAGUUAUUCUCAGUGA